AUGAAGCCGGUCGCUGUUGGUGGCUGCAACUUUUAUCUGCAAAAUUGUGUAAGAGCUGAUUCCUUAGCGCCUUGCUUCUUCAUAUUUGGGGACUCUCUCUCUGACAGUGGCAACAACAACUUCCUUCCGACGACGGCCAAAGCUAAUUACUUUCCCUACGGCAUUGACUUCCCCGGCGGUUCCACCGGAAGGUUCACCAAUAACUUCAAUUCCGUCGACUACCUCGCCAAGUUCAUGGGGGUGGAUUUGAUCCAACCCUUCACAAAUACAAGUGGUUCAAACAUUCUUAAAGGGGUUAAUUAUGCAUCUGGUGCUGGAGGAAUUCUCGAUGACACCGGCAUCCUACAGGGUGAUCGUUUGAACCUGCGCUCACAGAUAACAAAACACAAACUCAUAUUUACUUCCGUUGCUGUUAAACUUGGAGGUGUUGAUGCAGCUAAACAAUACCUGAGCAAGUGUUUAUAUCACAUGAAUAUAGGCCGAAAUGAUUAUUUCGACAACUACCUCAAGCCCUUCUUUAGCUUAACCACGUUUACUGAUGAUCUUAUAGCUCGAUAUGCGCUGCAAAUUAAGGCUUUGUAUGGGGUAGGGGCGAGAAAAUUUGCUUUGGUUGGACUUGGGCCUAUAGGAUGCGUUCCCAGGAAAAGAAACACAAAUGAGUACAAUGGUAAAGCCUCCUUCAUAAUGGUCAACAGUUCUGCAAUCUCCUCCCAGAGCCCUGCCUUUCUGGCAUUGAAGAAUAAGAACGAUUCUUGUUGCAAAACGGUGUCGUCUACUGGGCUGUGUGUUAAGAACGUGACGCCGUGCCAGGACAGGGAUAACUACGUAUUUUGGGAUGGCCUUCAUACCACUGACGCUGCCCACAAAAUCUAUGCACUCUCACAAUUUAACGCCUCAAAUUCAAACUUCACUUACCCUAUGGAUAUCACCCAUUUACUUUCUCUCUCCCUUUCUUCCUGA